ACAGUAAGCAGACAAGGUCGAGACAAACUGGGAAACUCGUUUUACCGAAACCUUAGAGAAGAGCAGGCACUCUGGCUGCAAUUAACUCAGCAAAGGGGGGAACGGAAGGGCAGGCUGAAGUGAACCAUGACCGGGAAUCCGGUGUUGUCGGGAUGAAGCACGCGUACACGAGGGUAUAUUAGAGUCAGGAGGAGGAGGAGGCAGGAGGAGGAGUGAAAAGGGGGGGACCGGCCUGUUGCUUUGCAGCUCCUAGUGCGCGUCUAUUGUGUCUUCACCGGGAGAAAUAGCAGCAGCCGAAGGUCCAAUGGCAGACAGGCGGACUAGAGGCAUGACCGGCUCGGAUCUGAGCAGGACCACGGCGGCCCGGGCUACAGCCAUAGCAGAGCAGCUGCACUACGAGUGCUCCAUCUUACUGGAACUUUAUAGAACGAAGGAGAGUUUCACUGCAGAAGUUACGGUGGCUGACGGUCGUCUGGUGUCCGUCCCUCCUCCUUCCUCCCAGCUGGACACCAGGGACAAGCUCUGGCGCCUCCACUCGGCUCUGCUACAGUGCCGCAGCUUGCUGGAGAGGGCCAUUGCCAAGGAGGAAGAGGAGCUCGGGGGCGGGAUGAAGGGCGACUACGAGACUCAGAGGAGGAUGGUGAAGGAGAGGCUCUCGCUCCUCUUAAUCAACACAGGAGAACUCCUCAAAGCUGUGGAUGGCACGGCGGUCCUGACGCCCGAUUUGGAGGGACUGGAGUUAGACGGUCCGACCAUUCUGUUCGAGCUGAAGCUUUGGGUUUACCGCAUCUUCAAAGAGGUGGACUACUGGACCAAGACAGCCAUCACCACCUUGCAAAGUCUGCCCAUGGUGAUAGCCAAGGAGCGGGCGGUGACCACGCGGCGAGCCAGGAGCACGAGAAGCACCCGGAGAUGAGAGGGAGAGUGUGUGGAGUGUGUGUGGGCGAGAGAGGAAACAUAAGGUUAGAAAUGGAGGGAGAGGUAAGAGGGUGAAAGGGGGGGGUGUAAAAGAAGAUAAGAGUGGAGCAAAGACUUCAGAGAGACCCAGAUCCCCACUGACACAGGGAGAUGAGUGGGUUGGGUUAUUUUUAGGGCAUGAAACCCCCUAUACACAAACAGAGUUCUCAAACAGAUACACUAACCAUGUUUAUCACAACAACAACUGUUGGAGCAAGUUUAUUUCAUGCGUGACAGAGUCUAAUACAUCUAUAUAUUUAUUGUUUGCAUUGUAAGAAGAUACAGAGUUUCUUUCUUUCUUUCUUUCUUAUUUUGGUGUCGGAAUCAAAACACAAUUAACAUUAAUUCCAACAACCUAACUCACGUUUAUGGGUUUCCUGGUGCAUGCAUUAACUCCUUUUGAUUCAGCUAAGGUUAUUAUUUAAGAUGCACUGCCAGGAAGAGGAAGCUGUCAACGAGGGGCACAUUUUGAUGAAAAUGAGAACAUUUGAAUUCAGACCAUCACCAUGUGAUGUGUGUAGUUUUGAAUACUGUGCUUCAAAUCAUUCCAUAUAGAUUAUCAGCUGGGGAUGUUCAGUGUAUGAAGGAAAGAAAAUGUAACGGCACCCUCUAGUGUUUACAUGUUGCUAUUGCGUAGAUUAAUUCUUCUUUUCUUUCUUGAUUUUCCCCAGUAACGCUACUUAUACUGUGUUUUUGUUGUGUUUUUCCUUUAGGGCACUUUAUUAGCAAUGAAACUAAGUAAAAACUGGGUUUAAGGAGCAGCAAGUGCGGUGCAUCAAUAGUCCAAACUCGUGGGCAAAUGCAUGAGCACGUAAACAGGGAAUGUAAAUAGUAAAAGUCUGCAAACUCAAGUGAAAAUUAUAAUGAAAAGACUUUGCGAUACAGUCAGACGAGAAGUCAGGAUUUGUGUCUGUUAUGUGAUCCAGCCACUGGGCAAUUGUAGCUUUCACUGCAACAAUCAACAUUUACUGCAGCUGAUAAGUUAACCUGUAGUAGAUUUGUUUAAAUUUUGAUCACGUAAAUGAACCAAAAGUGACCAUCACAUGCCACUCUGUCAGUCUGACUCGGGCUGCGGUUCUAAUUAAAUUGGCGUCAGCCAUAGACUCAGAUUGUCUUUAAUGAUGCAUGAAGCGUCAGGGCAAGAAAAAGAGAAGAUACUGUGAAUGGGACUGAUUCCUCUGUAGACAGUCAGUAAGCUCGAUGAUGGGCACAGAGCAGACAAAGGUGUUGAUGGAAGAGACAAGGGGACCACAGAUUUUGUUACAUCUUGUUACAUGUUGUAGGUUGAUAAACUGAUGGUAGGUGCACUGGGAGAAUAAAUAAACCAGUGUUUAAACUGUUUUCAGGCUUCUGAAAACUGGAUGUUGUUGCUGGAAAGAAACAUAAAAUGUAUUCAGUAGUUUGAUCUGAAUCACCAUCAUUAAUUUCCAGAUUAAAUUUCAGAAAAUAAGAGCUACUGUACAUGUGCAAAAGUCAUCCACUCCAUCUGUUAUGAAUGCACAAAUGAAGAAUGAAAAUACAUCAAAAUAUAUAACGAUGUGUUGGAGUGCAGUACUUUUUAAUGUGAUAUACUAUAAAUGCAAUAUUACAUGUGUUGCAUUUGCUGUUCUGUGUAUGGAUUGGGGGAUGUAUUAUGUUCUUUUUCAUCUACUCUGAUGAUGACUAUCUGCUGGACUACACAGCACAUAAACCUUCUUUUUUUUCUUUGUUUCCAAAAGGAUUUUCCGGCUCUGUUCUCUGUUAUGAGUUGGUUGAUUUGCUGGCCUGGUUGGCCCCAGAUCAAGAACAGUCAAAGACAGGGGCCAAAUUUGACCAAAAAUAACACUGGGUUGGAAAAAAAAAGUAUGCAUAUGUUGCUACAGGUGCUCCAGGAGAAGAGGAAGUCCAGUUUGAAAUUAGUUCAAAGGCUUAUCAAAGACAAAAACAACUGUUUAUAAUAAUGCGUAGGAAUAGGAUGUAGCAGCAUUUUACUGUGGAGAGUUAUAAUGGUGGCAAUUUUUUUCUGUCAUGCAUCGGUCUCAUUGAAAUGAGUGAGACUGUGUGCCGUUGAUGCAGCGCUAUUGUUGGUCUGGAGCCUGAACAUUAGCUUUAUGGGACAACUGGGUAGUUACUGGUUCCAACUGAUUCAGAUUAUAGCUCUCUGUUCUUCUGUUUUCCUGCAGAUUGUGAAAAGCAGAACUGUUUUUACAUUCCUGGCAAACAAAAUGCUUGUUUUUUUAAGCAUGCUAUUGAUUGAUUGUUUCCCUCUUUUUUUAAACUUGUGCGUCUUUACAAAUGUAGUUUGUUACACCACAAAGUGCCCUCUCUUUUGACCUCUGGUGUAGAGAGAGAGAGGGAGAGCUAGCUAUAGACAAAUGGCUCACAGCACAAAGAGAGGAUUAGGUUGCCGUCACAUCUGUCUAUAAGCAGCGAUCAUACAGUAGGAAACAGCCAGACCCAUCCGAGAGAAUGUAUGAUUAACCCUCUUUAUGCCUGAUGGUCGAGUGAAUGUAUUGAUUUACUUAUGAAUUGUUUCAGUGUCAUUUUGCCGUUUUAUCUUAGGAGUUUGUGGUCAAGCGGCGAUAAUCCCUGUCCUGCAAAUGUGGCGUUAUCUGCGUGAUGACUGAUACACUUUUGGCCCCUUGGUAAAAUGUUCACACAAGAGAGACCAAGACACUGAAGCUAGAUUUAAUCUGUGGGCUGAAAAAUUUGUUUUGUAUUUCCUUUUAUCACAGAGUCCUGCAGCGUCUCAAAAUAAGUCUUUCAAGCUUUUAUAGUUUGAGACAUGGACAGCAGUGCUCACUUGAUAUCUGGGAUACAAGACAGGGCAGUGUUGUAUGGUUGAAUUAUUAUCAUUUAUUACCCUUCCCACAGCCCAAGUUGACAUAUUUCAGGUGCUUGUUUUGUUCAACAAAUGGUUAAAAUUGCAAAAAAUAUUCAGUUUAUUCUUGUUAACGACAAAAUACAGCCUAUUGUCAUAAUUGAGAAGCAAGCAGUUGAUCAUAAACAUUAUCAGUUCGUUUACUGCAUUUCAGUUUAUUGCAAGUUUACUUCAACAUGCUGCUAACCUGUUGUGUUCUCUAAGUCCAGUCAUUUUUUUAGAAAUACAAAAGUAUCUUGUGUAGCUUGUAGAUGUCUUUCUACUGAGUCAAAAACCUGCUGCUUCAAAAUAUUCUCUGUGAUCUAAGUGCAGCGCUCUGAGCUUUGUUCCUUACUCUCUCACUCAUGAAUGGCUGCACACUUAAAACGCAAAAUUGUCAUAUGUAAGAACACUGUAAUCUUGAGUUUGGCUUUUACUGGCAAUGUUUGAUUCCAGCUUGAGCCACGGAGAAGAAAAUGUUACAGAGACGUUGAGUUAAAAUGCUGAGUAAACCAUUUGGACCGUCUUUAGACAUAACGUCAAUGUGUAAAAAUUGGCAGAGCAUUUACACAUUACACAUUAUUUUAUGUCUUAAAAGGGGAAAAACAACUUGCAUUGACAGCAUUGACUAGCUUAUUGAAUAUGAUGCACGACUAAUACGUCAACAAGGACCUGCUGUUUUAUUUUUUCAUUUAAGGUCAAAGUGAUUACGUUAAAACAUGUUAAGUGUGGUUUAAAUCACAGAGAGAGCGUUGGUUGGUGCAUUGUAAAUAUUAAAUCAAAGUAAUGUACAGUCUUUUAUGUUUUUCUGGAACUUUGGUAUGGUAUAAAAACUUAUUUAUUAUUGAUUGGAUUCCUGAGGGUGUAUGAGUGGGUUGAAAUAAAUUGAUCUUGGCUAUACUUUGAA